AAACUUAUUAAAUAGAUUCUUUUGAAAAGUGUAUUGAACAUUCAGUGAACUAAUGGGCGUUUCCUUAGUUGCACCAUUCGCCGUAGUUGUUUCCGAGAAUAUCCCUCAAAUCAGUCGAGACGAAGUGAUCAAACGCCUGACCUACCUCGGUGCUACAAAAACGUCCAACUUCUCAAUUGACUAUGACGUUCUCUACCCUGUGGCGCCCAUCGAAGGCCAGAGCCAUUCUAACAACAUGCAUGUGUUCCAUCAUAGCGAAUGUCCUCACAGUACUUUCUGUAUUCUGGACAGUGGGGCUAAAUUGACAUGUGAAAACUCUUUUGACGCAGUUCUGAACAAAAUGAAACCGUUUUAUUCGCCAAAAAAGACCCAAACGGGUACUAGUGCGAUCGAAAUUAAAGGAGCAGUGUACUCGUAUGUUGAUUUCGUGUUCAGGGUCGGAGGCAUUUAUUUCGGACCGAACCCGAAGUAUUUUACGCUAGAGAUUGAGUACAACGCUUGUGACUAUAUGUCCAAAUGCAAAGCACUCAUGGAAGAAAUGCUGAGCGAUGUUCUGGGAAAUGACGUCAUCAGGAGCUUCAAUUCCUAUUGGUCAAACGAUUCAGCCAAUAGAAGCUCCAACCCCGACCAGGAGGAACCGUUUCAAACUAUUGACUGCAUUGACAAAUAUUUGAACAUAAUAACCAAAAUUAAACAAGGAAGCGUUUCUACUAAUUAUGAUUACAGUUUCAAUUGAUUUGUUAGUGUUUAUAGGUAUUGUUUCUUGUAGAAGGCUGA